AGGCAAUUAUUUCAAUAUCACGCUAAGUGCUUAAGCGUACGUGUCAACGUCAUGCGUUACUUUUUGCGUUCACAUACUCAAACUCUAAUAUGCAAACAAGUAUUUUGACCAAUGGAAUCGUCUAUAUAAACGAGACAUACAGCAUUCAAGAACAAUUACAGAGAGAAAAACACAGUUCUGACAAUGUCUUUUCUUGGCCAUUUUCAAAUUUUUCUUUUUCUUUAUGCUUUGCUUCUUCUCUCAGCACAAUCUCGCAAAACCGAACAUGAUACAGAAUCUAGUGACGAUGGUGCAGAAGGACAACGAUGGGCGGUUCUAGUGGCUGGUUCUAAAGAAUAUGAAAACUAUAGGCAUCAGGCUGAAAUAUGCCAUGCGUAUCAGAUACUGCGUAAAGGAGGUCUAAAAGAUGAAAACAUAAUAGUGUUUAUGUUUGAUGACAUUGCCUUAAAUCCUAAGAAUCCCAAGCGUGGAGUAAUCAUUAACAGACCCGGGGGAGAGGAUGUUUAUCAAGGAGUUCCUAAGGACUACACGGGAGAAGCUGUGAAUGUAGAGAACUUUUUAAAUGUGAUACUUGGAAACAAGAGUGGCGUCACAGGAGGAAGUGGAAAAGUUGUGAAAAGUGGUCCGAAUGACAAUAUAUUCAUCUACUAUGCUGACCAUGGAGCUACAGGAUUUAUAUCGAUGCCCACUGGUGAAGCACUCUAUGCAGAAGAUUUCAUCAAAGUCUUGGAGAGGAUGCACUUGCUAAAAAGAUACAAGAAGAUGGUGAUAUAUAUUGAAGCUUGUGAAUCUGGAAGCAUGUUUGAAGGGCUGUUAAAGACAAAUCUCAAUAUAUACGCAGUUACUGCUUCUAAUGCAAAAGAUAGCAGCUAUGGCAUCUACUGUGGUGAUACAUAUCCUCCUUCUCCUCCUGAGUAUAAUGGUCUUUGUCUCGGCGACGAAUUUAGUGUCUCUUGGCUUGAGGACAGCGAACUUCAUGACAUGAGAAAAGAGACUUUGAAGCAGCAAUACCAAGUUGUAAAGAGAAGAACAAGAUCUUCUCAUGUCUGCCGUUUUGGAUCAGAGGAGCUUCUUAAAGACUAUCUCGUCUCUUACAUUGGAACCAAUCCUGAAAACAAAAACUUCAGUCUAGCUUCAUUGACUGCCUCACAAAUCUCUAACCUAAGCUUGGUCAAUACACGUGAGAUACCUCUGUUAUAUCUCCAGAAGAAGAUUCAAAACGCUCCUGUGAGGUCACCUGAAAGACAAGAAGCUCAGAAGAAUCUGCUUGACGAAAUGAAUCAUAGGAAACAAAUCGAUCAGAACAUUAUAGAGAUUCUGAGAGUUUCACUUAACCAAACCAAUGUCCUAGAUCUCUUGACUUCCACAAGAACAACAGGACAAUCUCUUGUAGAUGAUUGGGACUGUUUCAAGACUCUGGUUAAGAGUUUCAAGAAUCAGUGUGGAGCAAAGAUGGAAUACGGUAUGAAGUAUGCAGGAGCACUUGCAAAUAUUUGCAAUAUGGGAGUCGAUGUGAAGCAACAUGUAUCAGCUAUUGAACAAGCUUGUGCCCAUUAAAUUGUAUGAAAAAAAAGUAAUGUGAUCGACUUAUAAGUUAUAAAUAAGAAAGUUAUUAUUGCAUAAUAUUUUGAUUGUGUGGUCUUGUGACAAGAAAAAAAUAUAAGUGUUCUU